AUGCCAAUCUUUCCAAUACAUCGUUAUCGUCUUUUCGAUGAUCCAUUUGAUCGAUUUUUUGGUGAUCAACUAGAUUUUUUUGAUCCAUGGCAUGAUUUUGAUAUACUUUCAUCAGCUUUGUCCAUUAGACCAAAUACGUUCCGAUGGAUAAAUGAACCUCAUCAAUUAACACAUUCAUCAAAUAGUAGAUCAAAUGAUGGCAAGCGUUCCGAAUCAUCAUCGCGAGUAGUAAAUACCGAAAAAUUUCGUGUUCAAUUGAAUGUAGCUGGAUUUAAUUCAGAAACAAUCAAAACCAAAGUUGAAGAUCGAAAAAUUAUUAUCGAAGCCAAACAAGAAGAUUAUGAACCUGAUGGUGAUUAUAGUAUUCGAAAACUACGAAAAACAUAUGAAUUACCUGAACAUGCUGAUGCCAAUCAUUUAACUUCAUAUAUCACUCCAAAUCAUAUGCUUGUCAUUGAAGUGCCUAUUCGAAAUCCAGAAAGAGAACGUCAUCUUGCUCAAGCUAAAAAGGAAAACCAAAAUUUGACUCAAUUUGGUCAAUAUCGGGAUUCAUUAUUUGAUUAUGUUGGUUUUUUGGAGGGUUCUGAUUUUCGACCACGUAUUGUUGAUAAAGAAAAUAAUCAAAAACAACUUGAAAUGACACUUGGAAUGAAAAAUUAUCGACCACAAGAAAUUAAAGUAUCAGUUAAAAAUAACGAAUUGAUUGUUAAAGGUGAACAUCAUCAUAAGGAUAAGAAUCGUUCUGAACGAACCUUCUUCUUUAAAUCAACAACAUUACCACCUGGAACACAAAUUGAUCAAUUACAAACACAUUUAACUGAUGAUGGACAAUUAAGAAUUGAAGCACCUUAUGUCGAACAGAAAGAAAGUGCAAAAUCUAUUGAAAGUCAGAAGAAAUAA